UAAUUAUUGUUGCAAACAUAAUCUCUAGACCGUAAAAACAGGUACCCUCGUUGUUUACUAAUUGUUUUAUUGCCAAUAUAAAAUCGAACACAAAAAAACCAAUUGACAGUCACAGCAGUCGUUCAAAAUGGAGUACCUUACUAGGAACUAUGGAGAACUUAUGGAAAAACAUUCUGAUACAAGAGUAAAAGAUUGGCUCUUUAUGGAUAGUCCUAUUCCAACAAUCUAUAUAAUACUCGCUUACAUAGUUACGGUAUUAUACAUCUUGCCAAAGUUUAUGCAAAACAGAAAGCCCUUUGAGCUGACUACAAUUAUCAGGGCUUACAACUUAUCUCAAGUAGCGGCAUGUUGCUACCUAAUUUAUACGAUAGCUACAUCUGGAUGGAUACAAGGUGACUACAGUUUGGGGUGUCAAACUGUCGACUAUUCAAACACACCAAAUGCCGUGAGAGUAGCUAAAGCAUUUUAUCUGGUGUACUGGUUGAAGUGUUACGAAAUGAUCGAGACAGGACUUUUUGGACUAAGAAAAAAAUUCAAACAAAUUUCAGUAUUGCACGUUUAUCAUCAUUCUUCCUCUUUAGUCCUGGCCUUCCUAGCAACAAAGUUUAUUCCCGGGGGCAUGUUUGCUUUACCCGUUAUGAUGAACUUGCUCAUACACGUCUUCAUGUACACCUAUUACUAUCUGUCUUCGCUUGGACCAGAAUGGCAAGCAAGCAUAGCUUCUUGGAAGCCUUGGAUGACAAUAUCGCAAAUGAUACAAUUCACUCUGAUGAUUAUUCAUUCUUCAACAGCUUUCAUGCCAGGUUGCGACGUACCUAAACUGUUUUUCUAUCUUUACAUGCCAAAUGUUUUUCUUUUGUUCAAGAUGUUCUUCGAUUUUUACCAGAAAAGCUACAAGAAGAGAGGGGACAAAAAAUUUACGUAACUGUAAAACGUUUUCUCCAUUUUAUAUCACGAGCAAACAAUUUUUAUAUUAUGUAUUUUAACGCUUUAAAAUAUUUUGUAAAUAUUUCUUAAUUUGUUUUAAAAUGAAAUAAAAGCUUUCAAAAAUAA